UAUUAUUUAGUCCUGACAGUUAAAGCGCUCAAGGACUUUCCCGAGCGAACCCUCCGUAAAAUUAGUGCUUAGCCCAGCAAAACACCGUGACACAGCAAGCUCUACGCGCAUUACCUGCGAAUAAACCCAAGAGAGCACCUGACACGAGAGGAAAAGGGCUGUUAUUGUACUUAAAAAGGAAAGUGUAGGUUGUUAUGAUGCACCCAGGGUACUGUAGCAACCGCCGCCUCGGCUCGGACUGAUCAUUGGAAACAGACAGCCAAUAUCUUAUCGCGCGUUCUCAAGGUAAAGGGAAAACAACUCGAAAUUCCCACCCCCGAUCGGGCUUACUUUCAUUCGCUCUUUUAAGGAUAAUACACGCACAUGAGCGACUUUUGCACAGAGUAGGAGUGAAUAACGCGUUAAAACAAAUUGCAAGAAUAGCAGCGUUUGAAUAACAGACGCCCCAAAACCCGAAACUCUGUUCAAUUGCGCUGUCAAAAAGUUAAGACUUUUCUUUUCCGCUGAUUGAGAGCCGCCUAUGCGUCUCUGUCUAUGCACGCGAUUAUACAGCCGUCUGGUUAUUUUCGCGUACGCAGACUCGCGCCGCGCAGCUCCUCUUGUCUGCAACUUUUAAACGGGAAUACUUGAACAGCCAGAGGAUUUUGUCAAUGAACUUGUUGCGGUGAGUGCCCUUUAAACACUCACGGCCUGUGUCUACUGGAGCGUCUGUUUCUAUACUAUGGAGGUUCCGGUCGAGUCCCCAGACGCAGUUUUUCACGGACCUUACCAAAGCCUUUUUCAAAACGUCCGUGUCGUGCGAGCGAGCAACACCGAGAGUUUGGAUAUUUCGAGCUUAAAGAAGUGCGGCUGCCUGCGCGACUCGACGCCGAGGGAAAUGCGUUUGAACAGGCUGUCUCCCAGCACGGGAUUAUGCUGCUGCCCCGAGAAAGAGUACGAGAGCACGAGUUCACUGAUGGAGGCAGAGACAAGCCGUAUCCAUUUUCUCAAGAGUUUAACAGGAAGCAAAAGCGACUCGUCUUGUGGCGGCUCGGCCCGUAAAGACGCUACCGAAACCAACGGCCGUUGCUCGGGUUCGCGUCGGGGCACGGAAAGCGGAGAGAAAAGCGGUGUCGCAGCUGAAGUUCACUCGAGCCGUGACGCAAGUGUGGCGAGUAGUCGCGCGUGCAGCAGCAGCAGCACCACCAUCUCUGAGACAGCGCGCGAGCUGUGCAAAGCCGUAUCUGUGUCUUUGGGGUUAGCCAUGGAGUCCAGCGAACUGGGCGAGGUGGGACCGCACCACGCUCCGCCAACACCCCUGACCACUGAAAGUAGCACUAAUGACAUCUAUUUGUUUGGUAUGCCUUUGCUAGACUGUUCAUUGAACCAGCGGGAGACAGGAGGUAAACGCGGAGAGUACGCUCUCGCGGCGGGACGAGAAAGAGGCGCGGAGCUGCAGGGGAACGAUAAAGUCCUCGGGAUGUUUAAAAGUGGCCACCUGGAGCAUCUGCCAGGUGAGAGGACGACCUUGCCGUGCAACAACUCAUCUCAUACGCACUUAAGCGCGGACGUGCAGGAGGUGCAUGAGUUCGGCAGCCUGUCCGGGGACAUUGCCAACCUGAGUUCAGAAGGUACAUCGGCGACGACAGCACCGGAUAUGGACGCAUCACGAGCGGCUUCGUGCCAGUUUGAACAACUGUUGCCCGCGAACAUGGCCCAUUACGUCCACCCGGAAUCGGAUCUCAAUAACGGACCGAGUCGGAGCUUUAUGAAGCCCCCGUCGAUGUCUGGUGAGUUUGCGGGGCCCGCGGAGGACAGAUAUUCCGAUUACAUGAAUAUGUACAACGUCAAAAUAAAAGCCGAGAACGAGACCUGGGGUUACCCGCAUAGGUACACGGAGGACGGUAACGGACAAUAUGGGCCUCCAAAACAGAGGACCCCCUACCCUUCUGGCCAUGAAGCGCCAUUUAUCUGUAACCCCUACGAGUACGGGCGAAGCGGGGCUCUGGUGCCGCGAGAGCGACCUCCGCCCGAACAGUGGUACCCGGGCGGGAUGCUGACCCGUCCCCCUUACCCUAACGUGCCCUGUGUAAAAAAUGAGAUGGGCGAGUGGCUGGAUGUAACACCGUUCACGGACGGCAGGUAUGAUGGUGGAAGAAGUGACAUUUUCCCAAUGGAGUUUUUCCUUCCUCCACAAAGGACCUGCCUGAUCUGCUCUGAUGAAGCAUCUGGAUGCCACUAUGGUGCUCUCACUUGCGGAAGCUGCAAAGUUUUCUUUAAAAGAGCUGCUGAGGGGAAGCAGAAGUAUCUCUGCGCUAGCAGGAACGACUGCACCAUAGACAAACUCAGGAGGAAGAACUGCCCGUCCUGUCGUCUGAAAAAGUGUUUUGAGGCGGGGAUGACACUAGGAGCUCGUAAGCUGAGGAAGAUCGGACAGAUGAAGGGUUCAGAAGAGAUGGGCCCCGUCCAGUGCCCAUUGGAGCUUCAAUCCUUGUCCCCCAAGCCGAGCCUGACGUUCCACUCGCAGAUGAUCUUCCUCAACAUUCUGGAGGCCAUCGAGCCCGAGGUGGUAAACGCCGGCCACGAUCACGCUCAGCCCGACUCUGCGGCCGCUCUCCUCACCAGCCUGAACGAACUGGGGGAGAGGCAACUGGUUAAGGUGGUGAAAUGGGCCAAAGGACUUCCAGGUUUCCGUAACCUGCACGUGGAUGAUCAGAUGACUGUCAUACAGCACACCUGGAUGGGAGUGAUGGUCUUUGCUCUGGGUUGGAGGUCCUACAAGAACGCCAACGCGCGGAUGCUGUAUUUCGCGCCGGACCUUGUCUUCAACGAUCGUAGGAUGCAUAUCUCAAGUAUGUACGAGCACUGUGUUCAGAUGAAGCAUCUCUCUCAGGAGUUUGUGCUUCUGCAGGUCACACAGGAAGAGUUUCUCUGUAUGAAGGCCCUCCUUCUUUUCAGCAUCAUUCCAGUAGAGGGGCUGAAGAGUCAAAAGUAUUUUGAUGAGCUGCGUCUGACGUACAUAAAUGAGCUGGAUCGUUUAAUCAACUACGGCAGGAAGAGCAACUGCGCCAUGCGCUUCCAGCAGCUGACCCGGCUGAUGGACUCCCUGCAGCCAAUCGUUCAGAAGUUGCACCAGUUCACCUUCGACCUCUUUGUCCAGGCUCGGUCACUCCCCACAAAGGUCAGCUUUCCCGAAAUGAUUGCAGAAAUAAUCUCGGUCCAGGUGCCAAAGAUCCUCGCCGGCCUGGCUAAACCAAUCCUGUUUCACAAGUGACGACUACAAGAACCACCGAUCCAUACCGACCCCACCCAGGCAAUAUGAGCCAGUCAGUUCGGCCUGAUCCUGUUCGAUCCAGCCUACACCAGUCGUGACGCUUUUAAUCCGGACUCGAUUUGAGCGACGAGACUGAACGAUACUGAUUUUCUCUUCUCCAUUUUUUUAGCAUUUCUCACUCCCCUCCCUCUCUCUCUCUCUCUUCCUUUCUAUAUUUCAGUCUCCCUCACCCUCGUUUUUGAAAAAUGGCCCUGAAAAGUAGCGGGACCAUUACAUCAUUACAGUUGUCUAUCUUCUUCUCAGAGAUCAUUUGAGCUCAUUUUCUCAAACUGACAGCAUGGUGUGAAGCAGGUUUUGUUCUUUCUUUCGACCAGCAGUUAUCCUUCAAGAGUUACAGCGUGUUGCCUAGUGGACAAGUUGGAAAAAAAUAUCACACUGCAGAUUCAUCUGAGCCCUUAAUCACAAAAAAAAAAAAAAAAGGGAAAAAGGACAUUACGCAGAUCCCCAUCAGGUACAGGAGCCUGUGACCUGCCUCGACUCUCUAUGCAUCAUAUCUGCUGGGGAUAAAAAAAGGUUUCGUUCAUUGUCUGUGAUUCGAGCAGACAAAGCAAAACAGCAUGCGUACAGAAAUGCAUCCGAACGUCACGAAAACUGAGACGCACGUGAUUUCGUGCCUGUGACACGUUACUUAAUACAGUCCUGUACUAUAAAAACAGUACAGUGUACGGACAGCAGCGGACUGACAAACCAUCUCCUCUUUGUUUUAUUCGUUUAUUGAUCGCAAAGCAAGUGCUUCAUUUAUUUCCCAUGAAAUAUGGAGGCUCAUCGAUUUGGGAUAUAUUUUGAAGAUUUGUGUUAAAGUGACUUUUGUGUUCGAAUCUAUCAAAGUGGUGUUAGAAAUUUGCAUUUGUUACCGUUUUGCUGAGAAAACACAGCAAGUCGAAACGCAGGGAUUUGCCUCCUUUAGACAGGGCCCAGUUUUUUUCCCCCUUUUAUCUCUCCAAUGCCCUUUUUUUUUUUAAAAACCCUGGAUAUUUAAGUGCGAGGUAUAAUAUUGACAGUUUACCAAACUGUAUAUACACAACAUAAACACAGCAAAGCUUGGAUCAGCAUAGAACCUGCUGAAAUCUAGGCCUAUCUAUAUCUAUAUAUGCAUGCCGUCUUCAUAUCCAUUACAACAAAACAACAAACAAAUAAUUGCAUGCUAAAGCCCUAGAUAUUAUAACAAACCAAACUGCAUUUCCAGUAAGCUAAGUGGAUAUUGUUAGGAAACGGGGCUGUUUCCCAUAAGGCUCUUAUGAAGUUACUCGCUCUCUUUGUCCUUAAUGGAAGAUUUGGCAAGGUAAUGUUCUUGUGUGUGUAUAUAUAUAUAUGUAAAAGUUAAGCGUGGUUCUUUUCAACCUUUCUAUGUGCUAAUGUAUGGAUGUAGUCAAUAGUUUUACAGUACAGUUUCCUCUCUUUCCUUCAUAGUAAGUGCCACCGAGGGAUUUGUAUUUCUCUGUGCUAGCAAUAAGUAAUCACAUGCUUAACAAACACACACAAGCUGUUCUUAGGAUACCAAAGCAUGCUUAAAUGGUGCACAGCUUUAAACAAUAACACAAGUUAUAUUAAAACGCAAAAAAACGAAAAAAAAAA